AUGGCUCCAUCUUCCGCCGCGUCUAACGGAGCCGUGCAGGAGAAAGGGAAUUAUGCGGCUCACGAGAAAGCGAACUCCGUGUCUAGUCCUGAUGGAUCUGGAUUUGACGGCAGCCCUAAUUCCACCAAGGAGCCAGACAAGGCUUCAGCAGCUACGAGCGGUCUUACCGAUGUAGCUUCUGCAUCGGGUUACCACGCUAGGCGAGCUGCUGCGAGGUCGGUGGCGCCUCCCCAUCCUCACCCUCAUCCGACAGAAGACAUUAGACCAAUCCAGCCGCGUGGUCCGGACGGCACUCGCGGCUUUAAGUACGGCCGCGGGAAGCCUUUACCUGGGCCUAACGGGGUGCUGGUAACUGGUAACAGCAGUGCUCCUCCUUCAACCAUCGGCUCUCCUCCGCAGUAUGUCUCGGUUACUGGCGGCGGAGCCGGCGCUUACGCUGGCGCGGGGAGCGCGCUCAGGCGCGGGGGAGCCCGCGGGGAAGCGGAGAAGCUAGCGGGGGAGGUGGAGCGAUUGGUGGGCGAGAAGGAUAAGGUGGAGUCGGAGUUAGCGGAGGCGAAGCUUGAGGUGCAACGCCUGCAGCACGACCUCUUCGUCUCACGCUUCGAAGCCGAAGGGCUGCGGCGCCGCCAGCAGACCGCGACCGGCGGCGGCGGCGGCGGUGACGGUGCGGAUGGUGAGCGGAAGGGCGGCAAGGGAAGCGAAGUUUCGGGUGACGGGGAAGGGGAGGGUGAGGAUGGGGAAGAUAAGGAGGGAAGUAAGGAAUUAAAGCACUCGUUAUCUGAGGCUAGAAUGGAGAUAGUGCGGCUCGAGCACGAGUUAUUCACUCUUAGGUUCGAUGCGGAGAAGCAGCGCGUUCUUGCGGAGGAAGCGGCGGCUGGAGCGGGCGGAACGGAAGGGGGAGCAGUAGGCGGAGCAGGAGGUGGAACCAAGAAGGUGAGCUCGACGAGGGAUUUGGGCGGAGCGGGCGCGGACGCAUCCGCGGAAGGGCUGGCGCAGAGGCUGGCGCGCGCGGAGGAAGCGCUGGAGGAGUCUCGGAGCGAAGCUUCGCGGUUGCAGCACGAGCUGUUCGAGGCCAAGUUUGAAGUGGAAAAGCUCAGGAGCGCGCAGGCGGACGGGCGCGCUGAUUCCGCGCAGGCGGACGGGCGCGCAGCCGUUGAUAAGGCGCUGAGGGACGGGAAGGGAAGGGGCGUAGGGAAAGGAGGGAAAGAAGGCGAGGAGAAGGAGAAUGAGGAAGACGAGGUUGAGGAGAGUUUGGCGGAGUUGGAAGCGGUUGUAGCACGCGAGGGGUGUCGGCUCUGUGUGCGUCUGCUGGCCGCGUUUUCCGGCGCGAAAAGGCGCGCGGAGGCGGCGGAGAGGUUGAUUGGGCAGGACCGCGCGGAACUUGAGGGGCUGCGGAAUGGGCGGGAUGAAGUGCGCGCGGCCGCCGCCUCUGCUGCCGCCGCCCUUGCCGCCGCGUCCGCCGCAGGGCAGGAGGCGGCGGAGAGGGAGCGGCAGAACUGGGAGCGAGCGGAAGAGGCGGAGAGAAUGCAAGCCGCGAGUAACUCCUCCGCCGCAGCCGCGAUUGCGGCAGCGGUGGCGGAAGCGGGGGCGCUGCGCGCGCGCUGCGCGGAGCUAGAAGGGCAAGCGUCCGCUGCGUCGUCCGAAGCGGCCGCCGCGAAGGAGCAUCUGAAGCAGGUCGCGAUGGCUAUCAGCGAGCGGAGCCUGCACAGAGCUGCUACAGUCGCGGGUGUAGCAGGGCAGGACGAGCACCCCGCGCUACAGCCGUUUGGCGCAGCGCAGGGCGCGCCGGGCAGCGGAUUGUGGGGCGCAGGGGAUGUGGAACACAGCAGUAUGGGGCGGGACGCGCGGAGGGACUUCGGGCAGGAGAUAGGGGUGGGAGGCGGAGCAGGCGCGCAGGGGGCGCAGGGGGCGCAGGGGCAUCAGCUAUGGGACCCAUCCGCCCUUGACCCUGCUAUAUCUGCCUUCUCCUCCAGCUCCCGUCCGCCCCCCUUCGCUGCCGCUCACCCGCCCCCGCUCCCGGGGCAGUCACUUGACCUACACUUGCAGCAGCAGCAGCAGCAACAGCAGCAGUUUUCCAGCAGGUUAGGAUUUGGCGGCCUGCCCCCGCACAUGUCCCCACCUCCCCACAGGCAGCACCCAGGCGCGCUUCCCCCUGGGGACGCCGCCAUGCAUGCGUUUUUAAGCGAGGCCCAGGGCCCUCCAGGGCAAUCCGCGCCCUUAGGCGCGCAGUUCCCCCCGCCCUCAGGGUUUGCGCUUGGGGGAAGGAUACCCUCCCCCGCUCCCUCUGGCGCCAUGGGAUUUGCGCCUUCCAGUGGGGGCAUGGUCGCGGAUGCUGUUGCUCCCCCUCCUCCCCCGCCUCUUAACUCGUGGGCUGCUGGUGGUGCUGGGAGUGGGCUCUGGGGUGGUUUUUGA